ACAUCUUGGAAGCAGUGUAAAGAAGUAUUCCUUUGUACUGCAGAAGGUAAUGUGAAUGUGAAAGAAACAGAAACACAUCACGAUGUUCAGAUCCAUGAAAAAUAUUGUAGUGGAGGGAAACCCUACGUAUGUAAGCAAUGUGGGAAAGCUUUUAACACACGUGCAAAUUGUAAGGUUCAUGAAAGAAUUCACACUGGAGAGAAACCCUAUGUGUGUAAGCAAUGUGGAAAAGGUUUCAUCCAACCUGGAAAUUGUAAGGAACAUGAAAGAAUUCACACUGGAGAGAAAAAAUAUAUGUGUCCGCAAUGUGGAAAAGUAUUCACCAGAUCUAAACAUUGUAAGCAACAUGAAAGAAUUCAUACUGGAGAGAAACCCUAUGUAUGUAAGCAAUGUGGGAAAGCUUUUACCAGACCUGAAUGUUGUAAGCAACAUGAAAGUAUUCACACUGGAGAGAAACCCUAUGUAUGUAAGCAAUGUGGGAAAGCUUUUAACACACAUGCAAGUUGUAAGGUUCAUGAAAGAAUUCACACUGGAGAGAAACUCUAUGUAUGUAAGCAAUGUGGGAAAGCUUUUACCAGACCUGGACAUUGUAAGGAACAUGAAAGAAUUCACACUGAAGAGAAAACAUAUGUAUGUAAGCAAUGUGGGAAAGCUUUUAAAACACAGGGAAAUUGUAAGAAUCAUGAAAGAAUUCACACUGGAGAGAAACCCUAUGUAUGUAAGGAAUGUGGGAAAGCUUUUACCAGACCUGGACAUUGUAAGGAACAUGAAAGAAUUCACACUGGAGAGAAACCCUAUGUAUGUAAGCAAUGUGGGAAAGCUUUUACCAGACCUGGACAUUGUAAGGAACAUGAAAGAAUUCACACUGGAGAGAAACCCUAUGUAUGUAAGCAAUGUGGGAAAGCUUUUACCAGACCUAGAUGUUGUAAGCAACAUGAAAGAAUUCACACUGGAGAGAAACCAUAUGUAUGUAAGCAAUGUGGGAAAGCUUUUAACACACGGGGAGAUUGUAAGGUUCAUGAAAGAAUUCACACUGGAGAGAAACCAUAUGUGUGUAAGCAAUGUGGGAAAGCUUUUAACACACGUGCACAUUGUAAAGUUCAUGAAAGAAUUCACACUGGAGAGAAACCAUAUGUAUGUAAGCAAUGUAGGAAAGUUUUUAAAACACAGGGAGGUUGUAAGAAACAUGAAAGUUCACAUUCAAUAUAAAUCCAGUAUAUAUAGGCAU